UGUUUCUCGGUUCAGAGAUACAGUCAUAAACUAGAGAAUGGCACCAAAAUCGAAGAAGAUUCAUGGCCUCAUUAAGAAAAUGAUUAAAAAAAAGAAGAACAGAAAGGGUGAUCAAAACGAAGAGAAAAGAAUUAAAUAAAAUAUAUAAUGAUGACCCUUUCCAAAUUCAUCGUCAUCAUCAUCAUCAGUCAUCACCAUAAGCAUAAUGGGCUGCCCCCAUUUCUUUGUUUCCUCUUUUUUCCCUUCUUUUAAGUGCUAACGCUUUUCUAACUACUUUAAAAUGUCAGCAAUCUGAUUAUAGUUUACACUUUAUAGUGUGCAACACAACAGGGGUUUAUGUAAAAGAAAUAACAAAAAUCCAACCCAACGAAGAAAAGGAAAAGGAGAGACAAGUGAGCCAUUUUAUCCAUCUUUCAGAAAGCCAUUAACUUUUUUACAUGAACUCUGGAGUUGACUGAUUGGCUUCGCUUGCAAGUUGCGGGGUAGUCUCAUCUAAGUAAAUAAUGGGAUGCUUGGUAUCGACGCCAAAGGACACAGGUGGGAAUCGGAGGCGGCCUGGAAAUAUAGGCGAAGUUUCGGUAUUUGUUCCAGGAUUACGGAUUCCGCAGCCUGUGGAUUUCUCCCAAGCUCUUGGCAGUCACUUAUCCAAAAGUUUAAUAGAGCGCCUUUCUGCACUUAGAACUAGAAUAGUUGUAAUGGCAGGUCAAGAAGCUCCAACCAUUACUAGAACAAGAAGGAGAACUGCAACGCAACAUGGAGGUUCCACACUGGCUGAUCUUCUGCAGGCCCUGGAAGAUUACUUGCCAGUACUUUUGGGUUUAGUUAAAGAUGGGAACCCGUUACAGCAUAAAGUACAAUUUGCUUGGGUUAAUCAAGAGGAUGAAGUUGAGGAAACGGCAAUGUACAGUGCUUGGUAUGAAGUGCUGUCAGUUUUGCACUUGAUGGCGAUGCUAUCACUAUCACAAGCCAAUCUAUUGCUUCUUCCCAGAAUUUCUGCUGAUGGUUAUCAGCCAAAGGUAUCGGAAGAGAGCAGGCGGUCUUGUGUUGAUGUGUUCUUAAAGGCGGCUGGAUAUCUUGAUUGCGCUGUUCGACAAGUUCUCCCUCAGUUUCCUAGUGAAUUGAGGAGAAAUUUACCAGUGGAUCUCGCAGAAGGGGUUUUAAGAGCACUUUGCCUUCAGGCAUUAGGGCAGGGGGUUGAUAUUCAACUUGGUCUUGCAAUUGACAGCACCAAAGCUACGCUAGCUGUGAAGCGUAGGCUUGCUUGUGAGAUGGUGAAAUAUUGGCAACAGGCCCAAGAUAACAUCAUGAACCUUCCCUUAGCAAAUGGUUGGGGGGAAAAGCAUCGGCUCUUUAUUAAAUGGAAGUAUAUUGAAUCCCGGGCUGCAGCAUACUAUUAUCAUGGUUUGAUUCUUGAUGAGGGUAACACAGAGAAAUCCCAUGGAAUGGCUGUGGCUGCACUGCAAGCAGCGGAUGAAUAUCUGAAAGAAAGUAGAAAGGCAUCUGAAGCAUUCAACUUGGCUGUUCCUCUAUCUAGAAACCCGCCCCUGUGGGGAACCAUGAAAUUUCUCUCGGAGAAAAUUCCAAAGGAUACUUCUAGCAAGGUGCGAAUCAACAAGGACUUGUAUUCCUCCGAAAAAAUCAUGGAGACGGCACCAACAUUACCAGACUUCGCUUUGGCCCUAAAACCGGAAGAGUAUCAGCUUCCAGCUGUGGAUACGUCCUGGAGGAAUGAAGAGAACACACAUCGGGCUUCAGCGUAG